CACAGAGCUGGCUCGCUAUUGAUUUUUAACCAAAGCACAUACAGAGAACAACGCCAAACUCCUUGUACAUACCAAUUCAGUUCGCGUGUGUGUUAGACAAAGGCGAAAGCUCGACCAAGGCAGUUUGUGAAUUUUUUCACAAAAAUUCUAUCGACAGAGUAAAUUGUGAGCAAAAAAAUAAGUGGAGUCAAAAUGCACGCAAGAUUUGCGGAUCCAGAGCCCGCCUCGCCGGACAGCGUGGACAACAUUGAAGAGGAAUCUCUGGAGGCGCGCAUCGAGCACUUCAAACAGAAUCCCAAUAACAUGGCCAUGCUGCACGAAUUCAUCGAUGAGGUGGCCCAGCGUGCCGAAGCGGAGGCCAAUAGACGUGCGCUCGAAUCACAGAAAUCGCAACAGGGCAAGGAGAAGCGACCGAGUUUCGCCAUACCAGAUUUUAAGAACGGCAAGGUGGUGAAUCGGGCUCGCGGCUUUGUGGUGCGCAUCUUUGAUGCCAUCUGCAAUUGCGCCAACAACAAUGCCGCAGCGGCCACAACGCGCUUCAAGCUGCGCAGCAGCAAUGGAGGAGGCGGAGCAGCCAGUGCCCCGGCUGGUGGCAAGCGGCAGCAGUCCGCAGACGAGCCGGAGACCCUGAUGCUCAGCAAGAAGAAGCCGGCGGCGGAGGGCAAGAAGAAAUCCAAGGGCGUCACCAUGGCCGAGGACGUCGAAGCGGGCACUCGACUAGUUGAGUAAGGCCCCAGUCUUACUAUAAUCAUGGCAAAUCAAAAGUCCCCACCCUAUGGAAUCCAAUCGAAACUAAAGACCAAAGAGGAAAGCAACUUGACAUUGAUUGAAAAUGGAGCAAUUAUUAAUUAAAGGAACGAAAUACGUUCACACUUAUAAUAUUUCAGUGCUGCCAGCAGAAAACUAUUUAAAAGCUCAAUGCAAGCUAAACUCAAACAAAAUUGUAAAUCGAGCAAUUACUGUUAGAUAUAAAGGCGAAAUAUGCUCUUAUAUAAACAAAAACAAAAUUGACUUCAGUAACAGCAAAAUUAUACCAAACAAUUGAAGAACGAGCAAUUACUGUUAGAAACUAAAUAACUAUAUACGAUCGUACUUAAAUUAAAAUAUUAUUUCAUAAUUAAAAGCUUCAGCAAGAAAAAAUGAAAAAGGAAAAAUUACAACUGCUAGACAAACAGUAAUGAAAUACGGUCAUACUUUAAAUCAAAUACUUCAGUUCAAAUAUUAUUUUAUUCUCUUUUUAUUGUAAAACAAAGCUUCAGCAAAAAUUUCAGUGGCGCCAGCAGUAAAAUUCGAGCAAGAGCUGCAAUUAUAGCGAAUUAUGGUCACAUUUUAACUCAAAUAUUAUUUGAAAAAAACUUCUAUGUCCUUGCUCAACACAAAAUCGUAAAAUGCACAAUUUUAAGUCUUCCCCUUUGAAUUCGAAAAUGGCACAACAACUUAAAAGAAAAGGAAAACUUAAAUUUAUAAUAAUAAAUACUAUGAUUUCUUUAACCUAAAUGUGAUCCACAUUUAACAAAAUAUUGACUCGAGUGCAUAAAGGAAAAGGCACAAAAGCAACCCUUAGGUUAGAAAAGAAGAGAAAGCUAAUAUGAAAACAAAAAGAAAUCAUUCAUAAAUGUAACUUAGUCAAGAGAUCUCAUUUCGCAUACUGCCCUCUUAACUAUCCACAAUCAAUGUAAGGUAUUCCAUCAAGAACACCUUACAACUGAGUCGAGCACACAAUAACAGGCCUUUCAAAAUCUCCACCUAAUUAUAACUUUACAAAAAAUCAUACAUAUAAAUAUAUAUAUAUAUAUACACACACACGUAUACCUAUAUAUAUAUACAUAUAUCUUAAUAUCAAUUGGAUAUCGAUCGACCCCAACAUAUUGUAGUAGUUUAUAUCUAUUUAGCUGCGUGUGUGUGUGUGUGUUUGCGUGUGUGUCUGUAUUAGUAGUGAGUGUUUCGAUAAACAUAUACAAGCAAAUAAAUGUGUACUGAUUUUAUAGACAUAUAUACAACAUAUAUAUGUACUUAUAUGAAACUUAUAGAUUAUAUAUUUAGUUAUUUACAUUGCAAUACCGAAACACAAAAAACAAAUGGAACUACUUUCUACAUCGGUUUCCACACGACGCGCUCUCUAUAUUCAUUGUAUUUUUGUGAGAACCCCUUUUGGAGCCGACUUUAUAAACCUAAAUCUACCAAAAAAAAAAAAAAAAAAAAACAAAAACAAAACAAUCAAAAUCUAAAAAAAAAAAAAAAACAAAGAAUCUUGAUAAAAUGAUUUUUAUAUAAGAUCUGUAACACUAAAAGCCUGUAGGAAUUUUGAUUUUCUGUGUAUAUCAUUUUUUGCUAAGCCUGCAAUAAAAACAAAGUUGAAAUAUUUCUUUAGUCUAAGUUUUUGUGCGUUGCUUAAAAAAAAAAUAUAUAUUGAUAAAUAUAUGUGUAACAUGUAAUUAAUAAAUAAAUACUGUUGUAUUUAGUUAACAAAAAUAUCAGCAAUAAAUUGUAACAAUGUUUCCAAGGUG